AUGGCGCGGCCAACACGCAACAACAACAGCUCAACUAUCCUGGAGGCCGCUUUUCAGUGGCCUGAUGGCGAGUUGGAGAAUUGGAGAACCGAGUAUAUCAAACAGCCCGAGACUCUUUUCAUGUCUCCGUCGCCUGAUCCAUCGACCACCACGUGGACGCCCACUGCUCGGCUUCCUUCAUGCAACUUUCAGCUGCAGAUUCCAUCCCCGCAGUUCCCCCCCACUCCCGCUGCCCUUGGGUCAAUGUUGUCUCCCACUCCUUCAUCCUCGCCUCUAGAUCCAAGUAUCAUGAAGCGUUCUGUCAACAACCACAGCCUCAGAUGCGUUCCACCCCGAGCAACCAGCAUCAUUGCCCUCUCCUCGGCACGUCUCUCCGACACCAGAUGUCCCAGUGCGUGGGAUGAUCUCUCUGUCUUAAUUCCCACAAUAAAAGAGACACUUCAGGUGAGGUAG